AUGAGUGAAAUCCAAAAUAUAAUGUCCAGAUUAAUUACAAACGCCGAAAGUUUACUCGAAAAUAAAAACAAUAAUAUUUGUGAACAAUUUAAUUCUAUUAUAAACAAACAUACUGGUGGCAAGAGAGUUAACUUUUCUGGAAGAAGAAGCUACAAUACAAGGGUUGAAGCUGCCGUGAUAGAUUUCAACUCAAAAAACUUUUUACGACUUAUACAUAAAAAACAUUCUAAUGGCUUUAGUCCUGGAACAUUUGGGAAAAAGUUUAUCAACAACUGUCAUAGGAUAAGAUCAAACACAAUAAAAAGACGGCAGUUAUUUUCAGAAACACGAAAAGUACCAAAAAAGACAAGUGGACCGGAUGCUGAUUAUGGUAUGGCUGCACCACUAUUAGAAACACUAUCACCAGAACAAAUGGAAAUUAAAAAAAUAGACUUUCUUGCUUCGUUACAAAGAGCUUAUGUUGAACAAAUAGAAAUAGAUACCAGAGAACAAAGUGAGUGUGAUAAAUGGUUUAAAGAGCGAAGAAUACGUCUUACUGCAUCUCGGUUUGGUCAUAUCUGCAAAAUGCGAAAGACCACUAGUUGUAAAAAUACAGUGUAUGAUAUUAUACUUUAUGGGUCAGAUAUUCAUUCUAAAGCUAUUCAGUAUGGAAAAGACAUGGAAGUUGUUGCAAGAAAAAAAGCUGAACGUUUUUUAUCUAAGACAAUAUAUGCAUGUGGUUUAUUUGUGGAUAAAGAAAUAGGAUAUUUAGCAGCUAGCCCAGAUGGGAUGAUAGAAGAUACCGCAAUAGUAGAAAUUAAAUGUCCAUUUGUAGCUAGAGAUACUAUUAGCGUAGUUGAAGCUCUACACAAAAACCUUGUAAGAAUAUAA